AUGUUUGAUGCACAGACGACUAUUUUGUCAUUAGAGGAUGUUAUUGAGCCGAAUAUCUGGAAUUGGGCACCAGUACAACGGACGUCAGUUUAUUUACCAAUAUGGAAUGCGCAUGAAAAAUGGAGUGGGCUAUCUAGUUUAAUUCAGUCCAUGGAAGAUCCACUUCGAAUAAUUCAGCAACGCAAACGCUGUUGGACCUUAUUUGUUGAUCAAUACGUAUCGAAUAAAACAGAACUAAUGAAAUUACCAAAUUCAUUGGCGCAAACUACAAUAGUUAAUUAUCUACCAAAUAUGACUGAAGUUACAAACUUGAAAGUAGUUUUUGAUGAAUAUGAUCAAGAAGAAUCAUUGGGCGUUUUUUCCAAACUUCGCAAAAACGAUGAACGGACCACAUCAGAUGAUUGGUUAAAUGAUAUUUGCAAUACGGCAACGCCUGAUAUAUGUCGCAUCGUCACUGGACUUUCAAUUUCACAUGUUUACCAGUACCAGUCUUGGAUUGAAUACAAGAAUCAAUAUAUUGAAAGUAAACGAUAUUUCAAAGCUCUACUAUGUCAUAAAAUGGCUGAAUACAUAAAUGGCAAUAACGAGACACGAUGGUUUAUCAAUGGAAUUGAAGAUUUAGAUCCGGUGGCAUUUGAAUUAUUGGAUGGUGUCAGACGACCGUAUGACUGGAAAAAUAUGGGUGAUCAAUAUUACAAAGAUGGAAAAUUCAUCAUCGCGUUGAAUUGCUAUUUAUUCUGUGAUCCAAAUUCUGCAGAUCAAAUCAUUAUGCAACAAGCACAAUCUCCAUUAUUAGCUCUGUCUGUACAAUUGAUGUUUAAUACAGUAGUAUAUAAACGUACACGAGGAAAUGAUGGAAAGGUAUGCAAAAAUAAGAGUGUGGAUCUUUUUUCUUCAGAGUCUCCAUAA